CCCAUGGUUUGUUAAAUCUUUAACACGUGCUUCACAUUUAUAACUAUCUGUUUUGUGCUUUUUUAACACGUGCUCAGCUUUGAAUUAAAAUGUCGUUUGGUCGUGGUCGUGGCGGGAGCGGAAGAGGUUUCCGAGGAGGAGGCGGUAGCGGUGGCGGUGGUUUCAAUAAGUUUAGUGGUGGCGGUGGUGGCGGCUUUAGAGGUGGCCGUGGAGGAGGACGCGGAAAUUUUGAUCAGGGACCACCAGAGAGAGUUAUACCAUUGGGCAACUUUAGUUAUACAUGUCAAAAUGACCUCGUUUGUAAAGUCAGCAUUGAUGAUGUACCUUAUUUUAAUGCUCCAAUAUUUCUCGAGAACAAGGAGCAGAUUGGAAAAAUUGAUGAAAUUUUUGGCACAGUCCGAGACUACUCCGUGUCCAUAAAGCUAGCAGAAAAUGUGUACGCAAACAGUUUUAAGGCAAGCCAGAUAUUGUAUAUUGAUCCAAGCAAGCUUUUGCCAAUCGCAAGAUUUUUGCCAAAACCGCCGCAGCCGAAAGGAGCUAAAAAGAAGGCUGGUCCAGGUGGAGGAGUUUUUGGAGCCAGGGGUCGUGGCGGCGGUGGUGGCUUAGGACGCGGUCGCGGAGGUGGCUUUAGAGGAGGCAAUCGUGGCGGAGGUGGCUUCAAUAGAGGUCGUGGUAGCGGCGGAGGUGGUGGCCGAGGUGGAGGACGUGGUCGUUGGUAAUAAAUUAACGCAAAUUAGAUGUAAUCAUUACAAAUUAUAAACUUUCAUUAUAAAUUGAUUUCUUAAGCAUU